UUUCGUUUUCACUUAAGGAAAACUACAAGGAUCUUUUUCUCCCUUUGUAUUUCUCUUCCUCUUCCCCCCCUCACUCUCUCUCACCCCCCCUCUCUGUGCUUUCAAACAACAUCGGAGGGGGUGUGAGCCUGCCAAACAACUGCAGAACAGCCUCAUCAUCGUCAGCGCCCCACCAGGGUCUCAGCAUGACUUCAGUGGUUGGCGGUGGUGAGUAUGACAGCAGUGAUGGCUUGGACCAAAGGACGACGACUUCUGCCGAAGAGCUCCAGGUGGGACAGAGUAGUACUGCUAUCAAGUCGGGCUGGACCACGGUCAGCUGCCCGUGCUGCAUGUUGGAGCAGGUGGAGCCACUGGUGAUGGUUCAGCUGGGAGAACAGGUCACACCAGAGACUAAAAAGUGGAUCAUCAAGCUUAUUGAGUCCACUGAGAAAGAUGGAGGAGCUGCAUUACUGGCCCACCCUGGUGAGGAUGCUGAUGGGGACAUCAUAGUGAUCUCCGCACCUCGCUGCACGUUGCUCCGUGCCACAGAGGAGCUGGGGCUGUGUAAGGCUUACUGCAACGGAGACAUGGCUGCCUUCUCCUACCAUGAUCGGGACAACUUCAAAGAUUCUGACAACAUGCAGGUAUUCCUGACGCUGGCGGAGCAGCAGUCCAUCGUGAAGUAUGAGUUGGAUGGUCUGAGAGCACGAAAGGACCUGAGAAUACCAGGCCUGACUGACCAGCUCACGCUACAGCGCCGUGACAAUAUCUGGCGGAAGCUUCAGGAGGCCGGUGUGAUUGUGGACCAGUUUCCCCUCCAUGACCAGGACAAGCUGAAAGCCCUCCGCAAAGCCUGGUUCUCAGGGAACCAGCUGAUACAGCCGCUGGAUGGUAUCCAGGCGUACUUUGGGAGCACGAUAGCAUUUUACUUCAGCUUCCUAGAUUUCUACACCUGGUCUCUGCUCCCACCCGCAAUACUGAGCCUAGCCCUCAUAUACUUCUCAGGCGAGGCCGAGAAAGAGGUGCUUGACUCAGUCUCAAGGUCAAAGGUCCUGGCCGAUGAAGACGACUCGGUCAAUGGUCACAUGAUCCAGGCUGUCUUCAGCAUGCUGUGGUCCACAGUUUUCAUGGAGAUGUGGAAGCGUCGGAGCGCCUCGCUUUCCUACCAUUGGGGGUCCAUGCAGCUAGCAGAGUCCUUUGCCGAGCCGCGUCCUGGCUUCCACGGUGAACUGGGAGUCAACCCUGUUACCAGCCGGGUGGAGCUGCUCUUCCCUGACUGGAAGAGGCGCAUCCGUAUGGCGCUGGUUUCCCUGCCAGUAGUGGGGCUGUUUCUAGGUUUGGUGAUGCUAGGCAUGCUGGGUUUCUACUGGGGGGAGGCCCACGUGAAACAGCUGCAUCAGGAGUGGGAUUCACUGCUGUCUCAGGCGUUGCUCUAUUUGCCCUCUGUAGCUCACAUCAUCUAUACAAACAUCCUGGGGACGCUCUACAGUGCCGUAGCACUGUUCCUGACUGAGUUUGAGAACCACAGAGAAGAGUCGGCCUACCACAACUACCACACAGCGAAGGUCUUAGUGUUCACCUUCUUCAACUACUUUGCGGUGCUCUUCCAUAUUGCCUUCUACAAGCAGGACCUGCCGCUGCUUCGUAAGCGUCUGGCGUCUUUGCUGAUAGUAACUCAGUUGCUAAACCAGGUGACAGAGCUGGUGAUUCCCGUCUUGGUGGACCGGCUCAUCAGCAAACCUCACAGGACUGAGAAGGAAGAUGACCCUGAGGAGGACAAACUCAGAAAGCAACAAAAACUACCAGCAUUCCCUGGACUGUUUGCAGAGUACAUCGAACUCCUGGUGCAGUUUGGGUAUUUCAGCCUUUUCUCUUGUGUUUACCCUCUGACGGCUGUGCUGCUGCUCAUCAACAACCUCACAGAGAUACGGUCAGACGCGUACAAGCUCUGCAAGCUGUUCCGCAAGCCCUUCUCCGCACCUGUGGCUGGCCUGGGAGUCUGGCAGACAGCAUUUGAGGUCCUGAGUUUCGUCUCGGUCAUUUCCAACUGCUGGCUACUGCUGCUGUCACCACGGUUACGAGAGAUGUGUCAGGAGGGCGGGAUCAGCACCACAAACAUCCUCCUAUUGGCUGUCGCGGUGGAGCAUGUGCUGAUUGUGAUCAAGAUGAUCCUGGCAUUCCUAAUCCCGGAUGAGCCACAAUGGGUCAAAAGCAAAAGGGAACAGUUUGAGUUCAGAUCCAUGCUGGCCCUUGGACAACAGAAGCUGUAAAUCAGUGCUACUUGGGGCUGAAUGGUCCUGAAACAGGAACGAUGGUACAGGAGGAUCUUCUGUUCUGCUCCCAGGGAGAGGAUGUAUGAUGAGCUCCACUAUAUUACUGUAUACUGUAUACUGCAUACUGUAUACAGUAUACUGCAUACUGCAUACUGCAUAAUGCAUACUGUAUACUGUAUACUGCAUACUGUAUACUGUAUCCACCAGACUGCUGAGUGCCAAUACACCACAACUAUAUGCUUUACACAUUCUGCUGAUAAGGCACACACACACACACACACACACACACAC